AUGUCAAAGAACCAAAAACAUCUUCUACUGGAAGAAAGAUUAUUAUCAUUUUCUAAAAUGAUGGAUGAAAAAUUAAAUCUUCCUCCUAAUUCUCGUUUAGAACGUUAUUUUAAAGAUAUUUUUUCUGGAAGAAAAUUAUCAGUUAUUGAUUUAAUUUAUCGCACUAUGUUCCCUUUUAAUCUUGAUGCACAAAAAGUUAUUGAACAAAUAUUUUUACAUGUACAAUACCCUCAAAUUAAAUUAUUAAUUCCUUUUCAUACAAUGAAAAAGAAUAUUCAUAAAAUUAAAGGUAAUGUCUAUGAUUCUCAACUUGCUGAAUUGGGAAAUAAAUGUCAAAUAGAAUUAUUUAGUGUUGAUCAUCCUUUUAUUCCUUUAUGGGUUAAUGAAGAUCAAGAAAUAAAACCAAUCUACGAAGAAUUUCAUAAUUUAGUUAAUUAUAAUUAUCCUUCAAAUAAUACUAAGUUAAUUGCAUCAUCUUCAGCAUUUGGAAAGAAAGAAAAAUUACCUUGUCCAUUCACUUAUCUUCAACUUUCUGAAAUGUGUGGAUGGAAUGACACUGACAAAAAAAUUAUUGAAGAAAAGAAACCAAAACCACCACUCCCUAUCCCUAAACAACAUCAAGUUUUGGCAAAGAAACAAGAUGAUACAACUAUAUUUGUUCUACCAUCAGAAAAAAAAAUUGAAAAAAAUAUCUUAGAAGGUGGAGCUCAAGAAAAACAAUCACAAACAAAUAAAGAGAUCGAGAUAUCAUCAAUCCCAAAAGUUCCAAGAGAAAGUGUCUUUUCAAACCAAUUUCAACAACAACCCUCUGUUAUUGUGCCACAAAACGAGAGGUUAUUAGAAGUUGAAUGGACAGACCAAAAUGAAGUUGAAGAAGACCAAGAAAUAUCACGAUACACACAACAAAUAAUUAAAAAGUUAAAAGCAAGAUAUGUGUUUUCAGAUACUAAUGAAGUAAAAAAUAUUCUUGAUGUAUUAGGUAGCUGGAUAAAUUGA